AUGGAUCUUAGGGAGUGUGUGGUAGAGAUAAAGAGGAUCAGUGAUAAGAUGAUAUUUAUUAAGCUAGUUAUAAACAGGCUUAUUGUGAACGUUGUUAGUGUGUAUGCACCCCAUACGGGCCUAGAUGAAGAAGUCAAAAGGCUCUUUUGGGAGGAUUUGAAUGAGGUAGUUAGAGGUAUACCUAGAACCAAAAAGAUUUUCAUCGGUAGAGAUUUCAAAGGUCAUAUCGGUACAACUUCUAAUGAUUUUGAUGAUGUCCAUGAAGGCUUUGGCUUUAGAGAAAGGAAUGGUGGUGGGGUAUCUCUCUUGGAGUUUGCCAAAGCUUUUGAGUAG